AUGAAUUUAUAUUUAAGUAUAUUACUAAUGAGCUUACUACCCCACUUGAGUUUGCAACAACAGCAGCAACAACAACACCAACAAUUGAAAGAUGAGCAACAAGGACUUACUAAUGAUAAUUCACCGCCCGCCCUAAUGUUACCACAAAAACGUACCGGAAUAGACCAACAUCCCACAAACAACAAGAAAAAUGAUAACAAGGAUGCCAAUGAAAUAACCAAAUGGACUGCUGAUGUCAAUGGCAAAGUUACAGCUUCUGUUGCUGCCGCUAACGAUGAUUCGGCUGCUGAUGAUGAUAUUCAAACAUCAAUUCAUGACGAACAUUUGAAACCCACACUUCAACUUUACGAAUGGGCCAAAAAUGAAUGGCUACGUCUUCAGAAUGCCAGCUACAAUCACUCGUAUGCAAAUGAUUCGUUAGACUAUGCCGAUGAUGAUACGUGCGGUUCGCCCCAGAAUACCGUCAUUAAAUUAAUAACUAUGAUUUUGUAUUCGCUGGUCUGUAUUGUGGGCCUAUUUGGCAACACUUUGGUAAUCUAUGUCGUCUUGAGAUUUUCCAAAAUGCAGACUGUGACAAACAUCUACAUACUGAACUUGGCCAUAGCGGAUGAGUGCUUCCUAAUUGGCAUACCCUUCCUGCUCUACACAAUGCACAACAGCAGCUGGCAGUUUGGAGAAUACGCCUGCAAGGCCUAUAUGGUGAGUACAUCGAUUACCCAAUUUACAUCGUCAAUUUUCCUGCUCAUCAUGUCGGCAGAUCGCUACAUUGCCGUCUGUCAUCCCAUAUCAUCGCCGCGCUAUAGAACACCGACGGUAUCGAAAAUUGUGUCCGGCAUUGCCUGGUUGACGUCGGCCCUGCUGAUGUUGCCUGUCAUAUUGUUCGCCAACACGGUGACGAAUGGCAAGCACACAUCGUGCAACAUCAAAUGGCCGGAAGCCCAGAAUACCCAAUCGGGUACCACAUUUAUACUGUACUCACUGGCUCUGGGCUUUGCCACCCCGCUGACUUUCAUUUUGGGCUUCUAUUGCUUGGUCAUACGGAAAUUGCACACAGUUGGUCCCAAGCACAAGUCCAAAGAGAAGAAGCGGUCCCAUCGCAAGGUGACAAAGCUGGUCCUGACAGUGAUCACCGUAUAUAUACUGUGUUGGCUACCCUAUUGGAUAUCCCAGGUGGCCUUGAUAACCUCGACACCGGGCAAGUGCGUGUCACGAUUGGAGAUAACCAUCUUCUUGUUGGCCAGCUGUUUGGUCUAUUCGAAUUCGGCCAUGAAUCCCAUACUCUAUGCCUUUUUGUCGGAUAAUUUCAAGAAAUCCUUCAUGAAGGCAUGCACCUGUGCAGCUCGUAAGGAUGUCAAUGCCCAGCUGCAAUUGGAGAAUAGCAUGUUUCCUCGCUUCAACAAAUCGAAAAAUGCCGAAAAGUUAUUAGCACCGAACAAGGCCAAACAGAGAGCAUCAUUUCGUCAGCGGGCAGCAAUGAAUUCAACGACGGCCACUACAACCACUGGUCAUACGAAUAUGACAUCACUGGAGGCCAACAGUUCGGUGGUGCCAUGCCAUCAACACCAGCUGGCAAAUAAUAAUUUCCUAACACCACCCAAUAUGAUGGGGCAACAAAUGGUCGCCUCAUCGUGUAAUUCUCAAAAUUCGAAUUUGCUAAUGCCACCACCGGCACCCAGUAGUGUGUGUACAGAGAACUCGAAUAUCGAUAAUCUAUCGGAAUGUUCUGAAAUGGCGGGUGGCAAGCCUCCGGUGCUACACACCGACUUAUAA